GAGAUCAAUCUUUUAUCGGUUGUGCUAAUGGAAAAGUUAUGAGCUGGAAUUUGUCUACUUGCCAAGUCGACCAAGUAGGAAUGCACGAUUUGGGUGUACAAUCAUGUCACUAUCUUUCAUCUUCCAAUAUUCUUAUAACAGGAAGUUGGGACACCAAGUUGAGGUUUUGGGACUUACGUUCGGCCCAACCAGUUUUUGAAAAGUCUCUUUCAGGCAAAAUCGCAGCGAUGGAUUCCCUAAACAAUUUUAUUCUCGCAAUUACUAGGAAAAGCAGUUUAAACGAUAUCAAUCCCGCAAGGAAUUUUGUGUUCGACAUACGGAAUAUGAAUACUCCUUUUUUAACGAGCGAUUCGAAGUUGAAGAAGCAGGUGAGAUGCGCCGCUUUAUUUUCUUUUGGUUUCAUUUCUGGCUGCAUUGCUGGAAGAGUGGCAGUCGAUGCCGUUAAUAACAAUACUGCCACUGGAAUCGGCCUUCAGCAAAAUUCCUUCCGCUCGUACACUUUUAAGUGCCACCGCUACACGCCCCCCAACAAUACGGCUUGUCACGUGUACUCCGUUAAUUGUCUCGCCCGCCAUCCCACCUAUGAGACGCUCGCUACCGGCGGAAGCGACGGAAAGGUGUCCUUUUGGGAUUGCAAGAGCCAAAAUUGUUUAAAGCAUUUUAAAAAACUGGACGACCCUCCGACUUUACCAAUAGUCGCUGCAGAUUUUAACCUAUCGGGUGAAUUAUUUGCCUACGCAAAGUCGUAUGAUUGGUCAAAGGGGUACAACAAUUACGACUAUUCGUCCCCAACAGCCAUAUAUGUUCACGCCGUUAAACCUACAAGCGUGCAGUGCGUAAGUAGUAGAAAAUAA